AAUCUGUCGCGAGUGACCAAUCAGACGUGGCCUCUGGAGGCUGAUAGCGGGGGGAGCGGAGGGAAGGCUGAUGGUGAGCGUUGCACGGCGGCUGUCCAGGUGGUGUUGACUGGUUGUGUUGUUGCUGUUACGCCUGGUGGCGGCUGUAACUGUGGUGAUGAAUUCUCUGGAACAAGCUGAAGAUCUCAAGGCUUUCGAGAGGAGGUUGACCGAGUACAUCUCCUGCUUACAGCCGGCGACGGGACGGUGGCGAAUGAUUCUCAUAGUUGUUUCAGUAUGUACUGCCACAGGUGCCUGGAACUGGUUAAUAGAUCCUGAAACACAAAAGGUAUCUUUUUUCACAUCACUAUGGAAUCAUCCAUUCUUCACAAUCAGUUGUAUUACUCUUAUUGGUUUGUUUUUUGCUGGAAUACAUAAAAGAGUGGUUGCACCAUCAAUCAUUGCAGCAAGGUGUCGAACUGUUUUGGCGGAGUACAAUAUGUCAUGUGAUGAUACUGGAAAACUAAUACUGAAGCCCAGGCCCCACGUCCAGUGAUGAAUACAUGUGCCACUUGUUCCAUGGCAUCUUGAAAACAGUGGAAGUUAACUUCAGUUGAAAAAAAAACUGCACGUCACUAAAUGCACUGUUCCUUUUUCAUGUCAAAAUUGGAGUUUUCAGCUAAAGUUCCCGAAAACAGAAUAAUCUACAGCAAUAGAAAUGCAUUUUGUAAAAUCUGGUAUUGCAGCUACCAGUUUAGAAAUUUAGAAUCACUUGGCAUGAAAUACAAUAUUGAACUUGUAUUUAAACUGUGCCAGGUCACUUUAAUUUAUUAGCAACUUCUAGAUUCUUUAUAUUUUAACUUUUGGGUUGGACUGCUCAUUUUAUUAUGGAUAAGCUUUUGUAACAAUUUUGUGACUCAGAUUCAAAGUACAGUAUUCCGGAUUUAAACUGUCACCAAUUCUCAUUGUGAAUUGGGCUGGACUAUAUCAGGAACUGUUCCAACAAGAUUGCUAAACCAUUGUUGCAUGCCUUUAUUCUUUUAAAUUGUUACCUUUCCUUUUUUUAUAUAAAUAUAUAAAGUUGAGAAGUUUUGUCACUAAGUUACCUUUACUGUUCACCAAUACAACUUAUAAGGCAUCUGUAUCUUUAUUUCAUUCAGACAAAGUUGAAUUAGAAAUGGAUCACCAAAGCUUUAGUUGAGAACUUGAAUCCUUCAAUCUGCUGAAUUGUGUUAUGUACAAAUGUAUUUAUAGGAAGCGAUCAUUUGUCAUGCAAACUUGCAUAUAAAGUUUAUCAUUUUCUCCUCAAUUAUGUAUUACCAUGUAGAAAUGAACUUUACAAUCUUGUAGUUGUUUGUUAUCUUGCAUUGCAAUCCUAGAUUCUAUUGCAGUUCUAUUCUUGCCUCCUUGUAUUUUAAUGACUUGAUUGAUUUAAAGUUUUACAUUUUAAAAGCAUCAUGACUUUGUAAAUGCUUUUCAGGCACUUAAAUUUUGUAGGCCUGUGUA